AUGCGGCAACAAUACUAUACUUACACUUUCGGCAGGCUUAAAGCCUACCUUGUAGUUAUAGCUGUCUCACCUAAUAGCACUUAUGGUAUAUACUCUGCUGCGAGCGUCGCGAGAGACGUGUUGCAUAGCUUCCAGAAUCUUAAGAUUGGCCUAUUAAUUAGUAUUGACAGAGGCGAUGUUGUUGUCAGUACACCUGGCAAUAAGGCGGGUGGUUGUCUGCUCACGGCUGUAAAUGGGCUGCGGGCUAAAUAUGACAGCAAGGGCCAUCGGCUCGAGGAAUCUAUAACUAGCGUCCUGAAGAAGCACGAAAGAUUACAAGAGGAAGCUGGAACGGAUGACAAUCCCAUGAUCCACUAUGGCUUAAUUGCAUCGGGCAACCAACUCAUGAAGGAUGCUUCAAUACAUGAUAAGUUUGCAGUGGAAAAGGCGAACCACUUCUCUUGUUUGGUUAUUCGGGGAAUAGGUGACUAUUUGGACGCUCAUGAAAAUAACCAGUGGCAAGGUUAUGCAGCAAUGGUGGCAGCUCUUAUGCAAAAGACCUUUUAUGUCAUCUAUCGCGGCGGUGGAUAG